GAAAGCCACGUUUUAGAGAGCAACUGCCAAAAUAUAACCAAACAGGAUAAUAACAGUUCUUAUGAUGCUGUACCACUCCAUCUCCUCUAGAGGGCAGAAGUCCGCCACGUCUGCCUUAGUUACAGCAAACGAAGAAGAAGAAGAAUGCGGAAAAACAACACUAAUGUGCUCACUGUGCAAAAAGACACAUUUGCUUGUAGAAGUAUUAUGUCAAACUCAAUAAAUUAGACCGUCACGUUCCUCACUAACAUGUUCAGCCUGGAGACUUUUGAGAGUCAGCUAUCGGCUCUAAUGGAGAGUGUGGUGGGCGUAGCGGUGACGGAGCUCAGCAGACUUUUGGCUGACGCUAACGCUAAUGCUAACGCUAACGCUAACGCUAACGCUAACGCUAACGCUAACGCUAACGGUAUGGCCGCCCAGGAGCGCUCUGCUGCGGCUCCAGGACCGCCGAUGAAGAGCGAAGAGGAAGAGAGCGAAGUGACCCCGCCGGAGGAAAUGCACCUGUGUAAUAAAGCUAUCACGACGCAGUUUGCAGCCCUCAUGGAAUCAUGGACCAAAGGUGCGGUAGAGAAGAUCCUGAUGAUGUUGAAGGUGUCCCUGUGUGAAGCCGAGGACGGUCCUGCUGCAGAGCGGAGGGCCGGGCUGACUAACAAGACCAGACAGACUAGCAUGAAGCCGGAAGAGGGGCAAGUGGCCGGGCCCAAGAAGCCUCAGCCAGAAUCAACACCCAGAAGCUCUUGUCAGAAAAGACAGAAAAUGGAGGGAGGACCCGAAGCAGCAAUAACAAAGAAGAAUGACCACAUAUAUCACCGAUUUGUUUCAGCCAUACAUGAGUGGACCUCUGGGUCCCCGUCUGAACCUGCACAUAUGCUAACAGAGGCCUCAGCUGCCAUCUCAGAGCCGGCCUCCGAUGUAAGUGACCAUACCGACGCUUCAACUACCACAUCCAAAGAGAAAAAGAAGAAGAACGGAGGGCUGUUGAAAUGUCCAUCCUGUGACAAAUCGUUUGCUCUGAAGUGUAUGAUGGACCGACACUACCUGACUCACUCCAAACCUCACCCUUGCCCCGAGUGUGGCAAACGUUUUGCUAGACAACGACAGCUCAUCGCACAUUCGAGACGUCACACCGGAGAGAAGCCCUUCAGAUGCUCCGAGUGCGGGACAGAGUUUGCCCACAAGUCGACCUUCGUCAGACACACGCGUGAGCACAGCCUGAAGACACCGAGCACCCACACGUGCGCGCUGUGUGACACCCAGUUCGCCGGGGCGUUGGCGCUUCAGCGGCACAGAUGUUGUGCCUUGAAAAAGACGUUUGUCUGCUCGCUCUGCCCGGAGACCUUCGAGUGCCGACAGAGUUUGGCCGAUCACGAGAGUCUCCACCCGGGAGACCGAGAUUUUAUCUGCGAAAUGUGCGGCGAGACUUUCUUCUCGUCCUCGUCCUUGGCCACCCACCGGGUGACGCACACGCAGAAGGAAAACUGCUGCGACGUGCUCGGCCUCGGGUGCAGCGACUUGAGCGUCCUCAAAAAUCACCUGAGCAAACACAGCGGGCAAAAGCUCUUCUGCUGCGAGGUUUGCGGGAAAGGUUGUAGUCACAAGAGCGCGCUGCAGCACCACAUGCUGACCCACACGGGAGAGAAGCCGUACGUCUGCGAGACCUGCGGCAAACGCUGCGGCCACGCCAGCGCGCUCCAGAACCACAUGAGGAUCCACACGGGCAAGAAGCCGGGGCAGCAGCCGGCCUGCGAGGUGUGCUGCAAAAAAUUCCGCAGCUCGGUCAAUCUCAAAUAUCACAUGAGCAUCCACACGGGGGAAAAGCCUUACGUCUGCGACCAGUGCGAGAAGAGGUUCAGCAACCCCAGCAAUCUCAAGUUACACAUGAGGAUUCACUCCGGGGAGAAACGCUACGGCUGCAACAUCUGCGGCAGGCGGUUCACUCAGUCCAGCAGCCUCAAGCUGCACCGACGCGUCCACACGGGAGAAACACCAUAUCGGUGCGUGGUCUGCGGGAAAGGAUUCAUUCACAGAGGUGACUUCAAGAAACACCAGAGGGGGCACCUGCCCGAUGAGCCACGAGAUUCAGCACACUCGGAAAAAACUGCUGUGAAACUCUAAAA